UGUCAGCGGUGCCCGGCUGAUGUGGGCUACUCGAUCGCGGGCGUUUUGCUUGUGAUUGACAGCCGACAGGGAUCCUGAGGGUCCGUGACCUCCGCGCCGCGUCCGCGCCCCCGAUCUGCGAUUCCUCAGACUUUCUACGUGCUCGCAGAGCAACACAGUCAGUGCCUUGAAGCUGGAGACCACUGGAUUUGGGCAGCCAGGUAGCCUAAUGCGCCGUGGCAUGUGCUUGAGCGAAAGACAGGUGGGUUUGACCCUUCAGACUAUUCGGGUUCUGGUGCACAGGGAUUUGUGGCAAUAAUUACACCCGAACUGGAUUCGUUUGUCAUUGAAUUGAUCGCGCACCCGUUUCAAUGUCAUAAUGGACAGGUUGCAUUCGUCCAUGCGUAAAAGGCUCUACAGUUUGCCACAGCACAUCGGGCAGAAAGCGUCCAUCAUGGGUGAUGCGGAAGACACCGACAAGGACACCCGGAGGAAGAGCAUCCGGAUGAAGCCCCUGCCGUCGGGGGAGAGCGCCAGAGCCCUCGGGGAGACCCGAAGCGGAGAGUCCGUGAUCAUGGAGACGGACAUCGGGAGACCCGUCAAGACCAGCUCCAACGGGGACUGCCGGAGGUUCCGAGGCAGCCUUUCGUCCAUCACCAGUCGGCACCUCCACGACUCGGAUGCAGCCGAGGAGAGGCGUCUGAUCACGGAGGGAGAAGUCACCCCGAGUGAGGAGAGUCCUCCUGGAGCCGCGGGUGGCGGCGCGGAGCCCGUUGGCAACGGCGGCGGCGGGGGUGAGGAUGCCGCCGGUGCGAGCCAGCAGCAGGAGCAGCAGCAACAACCGGGCGUCCCGGAUCAGCAGGCUGGCUUUAUUAAGCUGGAGGGCAUCGAGCAGAUCCUGCCGGACGACGAGAGGUAUUAUCAAGCGGGCUUCAUGCACAGGCAGUUCGGGGCGAUGCUGCAGCCCGGGGUCAACAAGUUUUCCCUGAGGAUGUUUGGGAGCGAGAAGGCGGUGGAACGGGAGCAGGAACGGGUCAAAUCCGCCGGCUUCUGGAUUAUUCACCCCUACAGUGAUUUCAGGUUUUACUGGGAUCUCACCAUGCUGCUCCUGAUGGUGGGAAAUCUCAUCAUCAUUCCCGUGGGCAUCACCUUCUUCAAGGACGAGCACACGCCGCCGUGGAUCGUCUUCAACGUGGUUUCCGACACCUUCUUCCUCAUGGACCUGGUGCUGAACUUCCGUACGGGAAUCGUGAAGGAGGACAACGCGGAGAUCAUUCUGGACCCUCAGCAGAUCAAGAUCAAAUAUCUGCGCUCGUGGUUCGUGGUGGACUUCAUCUCCUCCAUCCCCGUGGACUACAUCUUCCUCAUCGUGGAGACGCGCAUCGAUUCGGAUUUCUACAAGACGGCGCGCGCUCUGCGGAUCGUACGCUUCACCAAGAUCCUCAGUCUCCUUCGGCUGCUGAGGCUCUCCCGUCUCAUACGCUACAUUCAUCAAUGGGAGGAGAUUUUUCAUAUGACCUAUGACCUGGCCAGCGCAAUGGUGCGAAUCGUCAACUUGAUUGGAAUGAUGCUGCUGCUCUGUCACUGGGACGGGUGCCUGCAGUUCCUGGUGCCGAUGCUGCAGGAUUUCCCCGCCGACUGCUGGGUGUCCAAGAACAAGAUGGUGAACGACACGUGGGGUCAGCAGUAUUCUUACGCUCUCUUCAAGGCCAUGAGCCACAUGCUGUGUAUCGGAUAUGGCAUGUACCCGCCCGUCGGCAUGACAGACGUGUGGCUGACCAUCCUCAGCAUGAUCGUGGGUGCGACUUGCUACGCCAUGUUCGUCGGCCACGCCACGGCGCUCAUCCAGUCGCUGGACUCCUCGCGCAGGCAGUAUCAGGAGAAGUACAAGCAGGUGGAGCAGUACAUGUCCUUCCAUAAGCUGCCAGCGGACAUGAGACAGCGGAUCCACGAUUACUACGAGCACAGAUACCAGGGGAAGAUGUUUGAUGAAGAGAGCAUUCUGGGAGAACUAAAUGAGCCUCUAAGAGAGGAGAUCAUAAACUUCAACUGUCGGAAACUGGUUGCGUCUAUGCCGCUGUUCGCCAACGCGGAUCCGAAUUUUGUGACGUCGAUGCUCACCAAACUCCGCUUCGAGGUCUUCCAACCUGGAGAUUACAUCAUACGAGAAGGAACCAUCGGAAAGAAGAUGUACUUCAUCCAGCACGGCGUGGUGAGCGUCCUCACCAAAGGAAACAAGGAGACCAAGCUGUCGGACGGGUCCUACUUUGGAGAGAUUUGUCUGCUGACACGAGGCAGACGCACCGCCAGCGUCCGGGCCGACACGUACUGCCGUCUUUACUCGCUUUCUGUGGACAACUUCAACGAGGUCCUUGAGGAAUAUCCCAUGAUGAGAAGAGCGUUUGAGACGGUCGCUCUGGACCGCCUGGACCGCAUCGGGAAGAAGAACUCCAUUCUCCAGCACAAGGUCCAACAUGACUUGAAUUCAGGGGUUUUGAACUACCAGGAAAAUGAGAUCAUCCAGCAGAUCGUACAGCACGAUCGAGACAUGGCUCACUGCGCCAACCUGAUGCAGAGUCCGUCGCCGCCUGCUCCUCCGUCCCCUACUCCCGUCAUCUGGGCUCCCCUGAUCCAAGCGCCUCUACAAGCCGCUGCAGCCACCACAUCGGUCGCUAUUGCACUAACCCACCACCCCCAUCUCCCCGCCACUCUCUUCCGACCACCGGUUUCCGUUCUAGGGUCAAGAAACGAGCCGCCCGGCCGGCUGAAGAGGUUUCAGACGGUCGCACCAAAAUCUGGAGGUCCCGGAUCGGCCGGCGACUCUCCAUCCGGGUCCCCAUCAAAGAUGCGUCCAGGAGUCGAUACACCUCUUCUCGCAUCCCUCCGAACGCACCACUCAUCAGGUGCCACCAGUUCCAGCCAGCAAGCUGGAAUUUCAUUGUUCCCAUUCGAAAGCUUCUCUUCUUCAUCGGCUUCGCCGACUUCUAGCACCGCACAGCUUCAUUCGCAGCCAAGACAAAAGCAAGGAGUCGCCCCCAGCACUCCUCCACAAUCAGGACGUCUCCAACCAUCAGGUGGAGUUCCAACUGGAAUCCUGGCUACAACUUCUUUGAAUACUAGUCCUCUUUCCACAAGCUUGUUCAGUCACGCCCCUAGUCAGUUGCUGCACAGCCAACCCCCACCAAAACCCUCUCAAACGGGCUCCCUCCAGCAGUUUGCGACCGGAGGGGGCAAGACUUCCACUGGGUUAAAUCUCUUCCAUACUCCCCCACCCGGAUCCCCUGCUUCCACCCGUUCCCAAGCCCCCGAGAGUUCCACAUCAUCCCACAUCCCGCCUGCAUUAUCCACGUACCUUCCUUUAGAAAGGUCAGCGCUGGCCUCGCUCGCUCAGUACGGCUCAGCGAACGCCUCGCCGUGCUACACCCCUCUGGCCCCGAGUCCGACCAUCCAGAGCCCCGUCACGGGGAGAACUUUCCACUACAGUGACCCUUCCAGUGCCGCCGGCUCCCACAGCUCCCUGCUGCUCCCGCAAUCCUCUUGUCCCGGCCAACUCCCGGGUCACCACUCUUCCGGCACGGACUCUCCGUUGGGUCGCUUUUACGAGGAUUUGAACAUACUGUCCAGCUCCCAUCCCGUAGAGGCAGCGGGUCAGUCUUCCCCUCGGGAGCCCGGUUACUGCCUCUCCCCGUAUUCGUCCCCGACGCUAACCCCCAAACCCUGUAGCUCGGUAUCGGGGCACAUGGCCGGCCCCGUACAGACUUCUCCGGGCUCUCGAGGCCAGGCUCAUUCUAUAGGGACGUCACCUGCACUUUCUCUCCCGCGAGCCUCCGACGGACACCCGUCGGAACUAGAACCGCCCCGUUCGAAACUCCCUUCCAAUUUGUGAGGCUAAAUCACACCCUCCUAACUCAGUAAUAGCGAUCUUCCUCUGUGUGGCGUUUAACCUUUUCUUUCGUUAUCUCUGUAUUGGCACUGUGUUUCAAUCAUUUUAAAUAUCUAAAUAUUACUGUGAUUUUAAAACGAUAAGACUACCGCGUUAACUUAGAGCUCUAGAUUUCUUUCGUUUUGCUUUGUUAUUCUCCUUUUUCACUCAUGAAUAUAUAUCUAUGGAAUUAUAUAUUUAAAUAUAUGUUAAUCAGUCAAUAGGAGGGUGUGAAAUGCUACAUAUAUUGAGACCUAGAGGACAAUUGUUUAUUUUAUACCUAUGCCAAAUUCAUCUACAAGAGUUUGGUCAUUAAUAUUGACUUGGACAUAAAGACUCCUAUGCACUGCAUACGAAAACUGAUUUUUGUCUGAUCCAAAACCUUUUUAGUCGCCCUAUGAGGAUCACAUAUUGCUGAUCUUGCAUCUAAGGGUUUGUGUUUAAGGGGUUGUACUUGUUUUUUCAUCCUACAGAUGUUUUGGAGAGGAGAGCAUACUGUAGGAAAACCAAAAAAAUCCAAUCCACGUUAGCAUUUCUUCAUUUUCGUUCAGCCUCACUGUAGUAAUAUCAGCGGGCAUUGAGCAUUGGGCGUCAGGAGAGAGGGUUUGAGAAACAUCCCAACUAAAUCACAAUUCACUUGUGUCUUCCAGGAUCUUAUGAUAGUGUAGCCCUGUGUGUCUGUGUGAGUGAAUGUGGUGAAAGAGCUUGAUGCAAGUGGCAAUCAAGUUAGACUUACCAAGAAUAGUUUUGCCUUUUCACAGCAACCGAGGAGUACUUCCAUGCAACAUUUCUUGUUUGUGCAUAAAAUAAGCCAACAACAUUAUAACAUUAGUCCAAAAGCUGCUCAAAUUUGGUUUGUUUUUCUAUAUCUUUAGCUGCUAUUAGGUGGAAUCGAGUGAAGGAUUCUGAAUGUACCGUGUAAGUCCAAACGAUGACGAUCAAAUCCGUUCAGGGAUGGUGAUUGAAGAUAUCUGCAGACGUCCGUCACACACACCUGAGUCCUUCGCAGGUCACAACUCACGUCGCAGCGUUCUGAUUUAAUAGGACAGGCAGGCACAUUUCGGGCGACCUUUGACCCUUGUCAGCUUGAGAACAGGACAACACGAUGACCAGCGUCAGACAGAUGGGCCGUGUGUGUCGAAGUGAAAUCAGGGACAGCGUUUAUACACACCUGAGAGCGUCUGACCUGAGGAAAGUUCAUAAGUUGCGAAAACUCCUCAACUUUUGAGAGGGGGGAGAAAGGGAGACGGGAAGCACAAAUGCAAGGAGACACUGAUGUAUUGAGGAGGUGAUGUGUGCUGACUGGCAGCCAGGGGCCCGGCAGGUAGGCAGGACCCCCGCGGGCCGCUCGCCGUGAUGAGAGCAAUAAGCGUGAUGUGACCGUGGCGACGUGUCCUGGAGACGACAGUGGAUCCAUAAACCGUCCGUCCACACACACGUGUUUCAGGACGGACGCUGUGGACGAGUCUCCUGCGGCACCAAUCAAAACCCGGAUGGACGAUAAGCACACGAACUGGAUAUUAUUAAGAA